AUGGCUUCCUCCAACGCCGACUACAAAGACCGCCAAUUUCUUGCCGUCAUUGGCGACGAGGACUCUGUGACGGGAUUGUUGCUCGCUGGCAUCGGGCAUGUGACCACGGGCGCCGAGGCUGAGAAGAACUUUCUCGUGGUGGACAACAAGACGGAGACUGCCGCUAUCGAGUCGGCAUUCGAUCGCUUCACCGAAGAGAGGAAAGAUAUCGGCAUCGUCCUGAUCAACCAGCACAUUGCCGACAAGAUCCGACACCGCAUCGAUACGUACACCGCCGCCUUUCCCGCGCUCCUCGAAAUCCCCAGCAAAGACCACCCCUACGAUCCGGAGAAGGACAGUGUGUUGCGGCGCGUACGCCGUCUCUUUGGCGAGUAA